GAAAAACAAACUACUUGUCUCUCAGAGAUCAAUGGCUACAUACUUUCUUGGAAAUACAGAAAUGCAAGGAAACGGCGACGCAUUACAAACCCUUAUUCUGAUGAACCCCGCCAACCAACACCACCACCUCCCGCCGCCUUCCUUCGGCUUCCUCAACUCUACAAACGCCUCUCAUGAGAUUCACGGCAUCCCCCUCCACUACAACGGUGGCGUAGGGGCGCCUGAUCAGGUCAAGCGGGGACUCUCCUUGAGCCUCUCCGGCGAGGAGGAAGUUAGGGUUUUUGAGAAGGCGGCGCUGAGUUGCAAGUAUUUGAAGGCGGCGCAGCAGCUUCUUGAUGAGGUUGUGAACAUAAGGAAGGAAGCCAAGAAAGGUAGAGAACCAGCUAAGGAAGAUAAUGGAAAAGAUCCAGAGCCAUCCACCGGUAAACGCGGAGCUGAGCUCACUACGGUGGAGAAACAAGAAAUUCAGAUGAAGAAAGCCAAGCUUGUUGACAUGCUCCACGAGGUUGAGAAAGAGUACAAGCAAUACAAUGAGCAAAUGAAGAUGGUGAUAAGGUGGUUGGAGGAAGCUGCCGGCGUGGGGUCCGCCAAAAGCUACACUGCUUUGGCAUUGCAAACAAUUUCGAAGCAGUUCAGGUGCCUAAAAGAUGCAAUAAUGGGGCAAAUCCGAGGUGCCAGCAGAAAUUUAGGCGAAGACAGUGGACUCAAAUUAAUGGAGGUGUCGAGGUUCCAUGAUCACAUCAACAACGCAUGGAGACCUCAGAGAGGCUUGCCGGAGCGCUCUGUUUCCGUUCUUCGCGCUUGGCUCUUCCACCACUUCCUCCACCCAUAUCCCAAGGAUUCGGACAAGAUCAUGCUUGCCAAGCAGGCAGGCCUUACAAGAAGUCAGGUCUCUAACUGGUUCAUCAAUGCCCGUGUUCGUCUCUGGAAGCCGAUGGUGGAGGAGAUGUACGCUGAGGAGAUGAAGGCACAGCAACGAAACGAAUCAGAAGAGGAACACACAAUCAAAAUUGAACACAAAAACAAGGAUUUCGUAAACCAAAACACAAGUUCAACAUCACCAACUGCUAACGACAACGAGGGCUUCGGCCCCAUCGGAUCAUCAGAAAUGGACAGCAUCAUGGACGGGAUUAGAAGCCACAAGAAACCUCGAAAAAGUGACGUGUCGCUGCUAUCCCCAUCAAUGAGCAUGUCUGAAGUGGAGAACCAACACAUAAUUCCCAUGAAAGUCGACUACGAGAGCGAGAGGCAGAGCAGACGAGGAUUUACCAUAACUGGGGCGCCUGCAAAUUUCUUCGGUUCGUAUGAUCCAACUGUAGGAAUCGAACAGUUCCAACAACCGUACUCGAUCAAUGGGGUUUCGCUCACAUUAGGGCUCCAGCACUGUGAGAACCUCUCCAACCAAACCUUUAUGCACAACAGAAGCGUUGAGGGUGAUGCUCAAGGGAAUGAUUUCGUUGAUUACUAGCUAGGGAAAAAGAGUUGAUGCAUGCUUAGGUUAUAUACGAGGAAAGUUGCUUAGGUACUAAUAACAUUAAGACAGCUUAAUUUAGUACAUACUCCGUAUUUCUUAUUGAGGGCAGUUCUGUAUAUUGAUUUUGUUAAGACCAGAUGAUUGGUGGGCGGUAUAUACAAGAAUAAUGAGUGGUUUAAAGUUCA